CGUGUUCGAAAGGCGGCGACGGCUCUGUCAUGGAAAUUCCAAGGAAGUUUCUAGAAUAAGCAAAGAAUAUUCAUUUCGAAUGUCGUCAAAGUCAUUGCAAACAAUGAUACAAACAAAACUUCUUGCAUUUGUGGAUGACAUUUCGUAGCUGUUAAAACAUUUCUUGUAUCUUUUUAUAUCAAAUUCAACGAUUAUUUGCAUUUUGGCAUCGAGAAAUGCCAGCACCAUCUCCGACCCUCUCUAGCUUAUCAGAAAUACCUAUGUGUGAGAAAACAGAAGUCAAUGAUACCGAUUCUCUGCCUCCUUGGGCCAAAAUCACACUUACAUCUGCAGAAGCUGAAAUCGAAAAACUGAUCACGCGAAAUGAGUUGAAAGAUGCUGAGGUAACUUAUUUCUGUCAAGUAGAACCAAUUCUUCAAGAUGGGCCACAAUGCGGUUUAGUGGCGCUUUCCAUGGCAUCACAAGAAUAUACAAAACCAGUUUCUGUGAAUCAACUUCUUGCUGAAGCUCGUGUUCGAGGAUUUACACAACACGGAGAAGUAUAUAGUGUCGAUUUCAUGGGGACAUUGGCUGCAGAAUAUUUACCUGAUCAUAAACCAGAUAUUUUAGUAGAUUUACAACAGUGUCCAGAUACGUUAACUCAUGCUUUAGCACAUGGAGCAAUGGUGCUGAUACCAUAUGAUUCUGACUUUAAUCACGCUCCAUGUUUAAAAAAAGGUCAUAAAGCACAUUGGGCAUUGCUUGUUGGUCUAAUCUCUUCCAGACAAGGAUAUCACGUUCUGGCACGUCACGGCAAAUCGCGUCAUUUGGCUUGUUGGCCCUUACGUGAUUUGAUUGAAAGUAACGGCAACUUGGAGGAAGAGGGUACAGCGAGACAUGCGGGAGGAUACGUUAUACCAAAGGGUGGUGUUGGAGGUCAGAAAGGCUUACGCGGCAGAGCACUGGCAUUACAUCCAUACAUGUAGAGUUAUAAUGAAAAAAAUUAUAGUGACUGUAUUGGAUGUGAUAUUACCGUAACGAUGCUAUGCUCGUAUAUAAGUGAGAAUUGCCACGCCUUUCUAAAUCAUGUUUUAUGAGAAAAUUUGAUUUUUGAGCUAUAAAAUUAAUGUGCAACGAUUAAACCUAGGAAUCUCUGUUUAUAGAGUACAUCAGUAAUAAUAAAUGUAUAUAUAUAUAUAUCAUGU